GCUAGAGAGCGCGAGCGCAUCAUCAGCCGCUGCCGCUAGCUUGACAGCUCGAACUGUCAGGAAUAUACCGCAUAUCUCGCUCUCGCUCUCUUGACUGUGUGCGUGUGAGCGAGAAAGAGAGCAACGGCGAUGUGCCGCUCCUGACUUUUCUCCGCAGAUAAGUCACUGCAGCCCGACUGGAACACAGGAGGCUCGUCGAGCAGCUCCCGGUGCAUAACAUCAGCAGCAGCAGAGUAAUUACUCGCGAGGAGCAGCAGCAGCAACAGCAGAACAAAGAAGGGGCAUCGCAACAGCUGACACGCCGUGUGGUAUAAUCCUUCUCGUAUGAAUCACUCGACCUAAAAAAUCGCCGGCCGACUAUAGAGAGUGAGAGAGAGAGAGAGAGCAAGAGCAGCAGCUGCGAGUGAGAGAAGAAUCUAUAGAGAUCAGCAGGCAUGUUCAAGGAGCCGAGCAGCGUUGCCUCAUCGGGCUCAAGGAAGGGCGACGAAGUUGAGCUAGUGAGCCGCUUCCUGGCACCACUGUGCGCGCGCGACGAGACGGCCCGAAACCUCGCACUUGCCGCUGCGCGCAACACCGUCGAGGGCUGGCUCGGCGGCGUUGGCAGCCCCAACAACAAUUGCUGGGACAGUUUUACCUCGGAUUUGGAGAGCGACAAGGUUGCGUCGUCCAAGUUUACCGUGUCUAGGUGCGGGAUCACCAAUGGAAACGCUAACAACUAUCAAGGCCAGCAGCAGUCGAGCUUCGAGGGUUUCUUUCCGCAGAGCGUGAGCGAAGGCGCCGCGACAAUCUUCUCCCGGAAGCCCAGCUUCGACGCGAACCUCACACCCGAGAAGUAUCCGUCCGGAUCAUUCGACUGCGUCGACGGAGGUAAGGAAGCUUCAGCGGCGACGAACCUGGAGUACAAUGGUAGCAGCAAUGGUACACCCAGUCACGAGAGUAGACUCCUUAGCUACAGGUUGAAGGACGCAGAGACGAGGUUCGGAUCCAGCAGCGAGAGCGAUAGACGUUUCUUCGCCUCGAACGAAGGCCUCAACGAGGAGGCCGAGAGCAAACAGCGCAAUGGAAGUAGCAGACACUAUACGAGAAUCAAGAGUGGCCGACAGAAGCAGUUCGACGAGGACGACGAGCUCGACGCCGAUACGAGGGUAUACGGCAAGAGUCCAAAAUUCGAUGACGACUUUGGCAACCCCGAGUUUCGCAAUCGCCAUGGGAGAUUCAACGAGGAUACAUCAGCUCAAUAUUUGGGUUCAUCGCUCGAGGCUGAUCGAGUGGUGUUCAACACGCUCGACGGAUUCUUGAAUGAAAGCAAGAGCUCCUCGCCACCGGAGAGGAAGCUUAGUAUCGGACAGAUCAAGCGACCGCUGUCGCAGGAUGAGGAGGUGCCCUGGAAGAGUGGACGGGUUCUAGAGAGCCCCGCAGAGGUCGUGACGCCCGGAGACGUGGGGAGGAUGCUGAAUCUCGGGAACGCGCUUGAUGGACCCCGUCAGGCGCAGGCUAAUAAGUAUCUGAGUCUCGUGAGCCUACAUCUGCCGGUCAUAUUGAGGCUCAGUGUCAACUGUCCCUUCCAGAACGUCAGAAUCAAGUGUGCGGAAAUAAUACAAAUGAUCAAGGAUCGUGGACUACCAGUGCCUGAACCUUCAUUCGAUGGACCAAGUGCAUUCGUCCCGGUGUCAGAGCUACCGGACCUGAAUAAUCUCGACGAGAAGGUGAGUUCGAAGGAAUCUUCCUCUCCCGCUUCGCCCGCAACCGUAAGUCCUCGGCUAUCGUUAUUUUGUACUUGGAAAUUCGGCUGCCUCUCUGCACACCGUGUAUAUACGACUCGGUACAGAGCAUAAUAGCAGCACAUAGCAGACAGGAGCUCUCGGCAGUUAUACCCUCUCUCGCAUAAACAAGCCGCACUGCAGCGUCUCCAGAAAGCGCAGGCGUAUCCGCAGCUAUAGUGUACCGCACAAGUCCGCUGGCAAAGCAGGACGAGUGAGUUAUAAGGCCGACCAGGAGCCCGUUAUAAUGGCACGUGGUGUCAUGGCGUAGGAAAAGGAGAGAGAAAGAGGGGGGCACCUACACUGUACUGUACUGCAGCCCGUAAUAGAGCACACUGCUGCAACCGCGAGCGGCCGCGCUCUCGAGAGUAACGAGAGAGGCACUUUCCCGAGCGUUGACCUCUGCCGCGAGAGCGCGAAGUUUGAAAGUGCGCUGACCUCGCGUAUAGGUAUAACAGUGCGAAAAUGCAGGAGGAUGACACGCGCGGGGCUGUGUGCGUGUCAGGGGGUUAUAGAUACAGAGAGCGAGAAGAAACGAGGUCACUGGGGCAUACGCUUGAAAUCGCGGAGAGCAAGGUCUCUUUGUUCUCGUCCGCUGUCGUCACUUUUCGCCUUGUCUCGCUCGCUGCUCAUGGUGCUAUUGAUUUGUGGGUGUAGACGCGGCGCACGCUGAGGAACGCGGACGAUAGUUCAUCUCGCGGAAUGGCUGUUUCAAAGAUGAGCGGGGGAAGCAAAAUCGUCCGAAAUUUUCCACUGCACCUCGACACCCUCCGAGGUAUAAUUUAUCGUACGGCGCGUUUACUGUACUCCGUUUCGCUCUUAUUUCGAGCGCUAAAAAUACACGCGGCGACCGAGCCCGCGCGCUUCCUCAUUUUCCGCGCGGCUCUUCUCUCACAUUCUACAAUUCUACAUUCAUUAAUCUCCGCUCUGCUCGCAUAUGCGUAAUUGCCCGUGCGCGCGUGUGCAUGCCGUAUCCGCGCAAAAUUACGCCUGGAGUAAUGCCUGCUCUACGAUCGUUGAAAAUUUCGCCGUACGGCUUUUCCCACUGAAAAAAAGAAAUCUCGAUGGAGCACAGAAAAAAAUAGAGAAGUCACGCAUGCGUUUGGCAAUAACGUCACACGCACAUCGGGAAGCUUUUUGUGUGUGUCCCCCCUCUUUGAUAAAUGUGGAAGUAAAGAGCCGGUAGCGCUGCGUAUAGACUCCGCUCUCAUAUAAAUAACAACGAGAAAGAGAGUCGAGCACCCCUGUCAGUGUUAGUAUACGUAUGUGUAUGCGACUGGUGUCAGUUCUCGCGCGAUUACCGCUCGAUGUAAUUCGACGCUCGAGAUCCUUUGUCCCUUGGCCGGCACGUGCAUGAGAAAAAUUUUUCGCUGGCGCGGAACAUUACCGCCAAGGCCGUAGCGUGUAUAUGUAUACGAUGCCGAGGCGUUUAGGAAAAUCAUCGAGGGCUGUAUAGCUGCCGCAUCGGUAUCAUCGUAUAUGCACAAAGAGCCUGUAGCUCCUCGCUCAUUUCUUCAUUCCCUGCGCGGAGAGCGUUGACCGUGCGAUCCCAUUAACAUAAUGCCAUAACGCGCCUUACAAUUAGCAGUCGUUGCUGCGAAAGGCCUGCAUGUCACCAGCUCCGUGUGUGUACUCAACUCGCGUAUGUACCGAGUGCGCGCGGAAAUGUAAUGCAUGUUCACUGCUCUCUCGGGAUUUCGUAAUUCGACGGGUAUUAUACCCGCUGCGCGCGACGGUCUUCCGUCUUUUCGCCGGUUACGCGACUGUAUCUCUCUUCUUUUUUUUCAUCCGCCGCGCAGGGAACUGGAUGAAUUUUCAUUUCUCAUCGUCAACCGAAUGAAUAUUGAUGGACGUGGAGAAACAAAGUUAGCUCAGGCUUAUACACGCAGACACUUUUUCCUCAAAGAAAUGACACGUCGAUAAUCCGUCUAAGCGUCGGAAAAAAAACCGAGAGUGAGAGAAAAAAAUCCUCCUCAUAAUCGCUUGUAUCCACACAUAUAAUCCAUCCGCGCUCGAGCGAGCGCUAAAAACCUUCCACUGUACUGCAACAAAGUGACGUCAGCGCGAAUUACGCCUAUGAAGCGAGUCCUUUAUGUGUGUAAUGUAUACAGUGGUACAGAAAAAAAGCAUCGGCGCAUUACGCAAGCCGCGCGAGUAUAAUCACUCUCGGCAAUUAACGGGAAAAAAGUCAGCAUCGAAGGGAUCGAGGCUUUAACAGUUAUGACGAGCGGUAUUGUCCUCGCUGUAAGCGUGAUCCUGUGGCGAGAUGAAUUGCCAAGAGAUGUGCGAGUGUGUAUGUACGAACAAAGAAUUUUUCCCCAGCAACAGGGGGAUGUGUCCGCCUGUUGCGGAAACGCGGGAAAAGGGCUUUUAAACCCCCCCCCCCCCCCUCCCUCGACUAUGCCGUAUAUAGAAGCUUUAUUUUCAUCGAGUACUUCGCCCAGAGAGAAACAAAGAAAGGACUUUGUCUCUUUCGCUCGUAUAUACUUUCAUCGAUUUUAUACACACACUCGGUGUUGAUUGAUCGGAUGCGCAUUCAUUGUUUGCGAAUAUUUUCCCGUAAAUUAAACCUAUACGUUAUUAUUAUGCUCUGGAAUAAAUAAACGAUCAAGAGAAACCAGUUUCAUAACGAUAAUAAGGAAUCGCGCGCUGUUAUACACACUCCAGUUCUUAUAUUGUGUAUCGGCAGCUACCUGUACCCCAUAUACCGAAUGCAUUACAUAAAUCAUACAUUUAUUUUCCUCUCUCCACGCGUAUAACGAAAUUACUCGUCGCUCCGAGCGCAAAAAGUUCGAGGCUCGCGCGCGCGCGCGACACAAAGAAAGAAACGAUUUCGCAAUCGAUCUCGGAUUACCUCUGUAUACCGUCCUGAAACCUGAGAAGCUCGACGUCGCGUGUGUGUGUGUAUAUAAUAUGUAUACGAAGGAUCACUGUUUACCCUAGAUAUAGCAGAGCCGUAAUGCAGCGAUAUUCGGAGAUUAUAUACAAUCAAUCUCUCUCCCGAUGCAUCAGGCUUUGUUUAACAUUCGUCAUGCUCCUCGGUGUUUGCCAAAAAACACACACAGCCCGGUAAAACACGAUGAUGAUGGAUAUGCAAUUACCGAACUGUGGCAAAAAUGAAAACGCAGAGAUAAAUCACGGGACGUGCAGGGGAGAGAGAGAGAGAGAGAGAGA